GAGUCCCGCCCGGUUUCCCCCCAGGCCGUAGCAGAGGCGGCAGCAGCGGUGGCGACAUGAGCAGCGGGGCGGCGUCCGGGACUGGGCGGGGGCGGCCCCGGGGCGGGGGGCCGGGACCCGGGGACCCCCCGCCCAGCGAGACACACAAGCUGGUGGUCGUGGGCGGCGGCGGCGUGGGCAAGAGCGCACUGACCAUCCAGUUCAUCCAGUCCUACUUCGUGUCUGACUAUGACCCCACCAUCGAGGACUCCUACACGAAGAUCUGCACUGUGGAUGGCAUCCCAGCCCGGCUGGACAUCCUAGACACUGCGGGCCAGGAGGAAUUUGGGGCCAUGCGGGAGCAGUAUAUGCGGGCUGGCCAUGGCUUCCUGCUGGUGUUCGCCAUUAAUGACCGGCAGAGUUUCAACGAGGUAGGCAAACUCUUCACCCAGAUCCUUCGAGUCAAGGACCGCGACGACUUCCCCAUUGUGCUGGUUGGGAAUAAGGCGGAUCUGGAGACACAGCGCCAGGUCCCCCGAUCUGAAGCAUCUGCUUUCAGCGCCUCCCACCACGUGGCCUACUUCGAGGCCUCGGCCAAACUGCGUCUCAAUGUGGAUGAGGCCUUCGAGCAGCUGGUGCGGGCUGUCCGGAAAUACCAGGAACAAGAGCUCCCACCCAGCCCUCCUAGCGCCCCCAGGAAGAAGGACGGGGGCUGCCCCUGUGUCCUGCUGUAGCCCGGGCAGGAGAAGCAACCGGCACAAGCUGAAGGGACCAGCUGCCUUGCACCUUGCUGUGUGGCCUGAAGCCCUGGCUGAGCCUCAGUUUCCUUCUCUGGGUCUCCCAGGACACACUGCACCUUUUACCCUUAUUUCCUGGCCUCCUCUGGGCCAAACGCCACUGUGUGCCUUCUGCCAACACUUCUUUUCCCCCUCCCAAGCCCCUGCUGGGAUGAGGAAUUCCAGGGUCACUGCUGUAUAUAACCUCCCCCCCAGAAAAAUAAACGUCACUGCCAAUGUCAGGAGGUGCUUUCUAA